AUGGGUCCUUCACGAACAUUUAGCAGUGGCCCAGAAUUAGCAAACUUCGUGGUCAGCUUUGGUGUCCUGCACCAAUCCUUGGCAACAGUUCAGGACCUUCAUGGAGAAAUAAUCAGUCAAAAUGAACACCCAGUAAGACACAAAGUUUCUCAGCAACCAAACUAUACCAUCAUAGCUUUUUCUACUUUGCCUGCUUGUGGCAAAGACUAUAUUCAACAAAGAGGAGAUUUGGUUUCCUCAUCAACUCUAAAGAAGUCUUUUCCACUCUUCAAUUUUCUGAGCACCAAAACCAACCCAGAUUUCUCCAUUAACAAAGCUGCACUUGAGCUUUUUGCCUCCAUCAGGGACAGGCUCCCCACCUUGAAAUCUCAGAUUGACAAUUCCAAAGUAUUAAUUAUCACUGGAAACUCAUUGAGAGGAUCUGUUGCCACUCUCUUUACCUUAUGGCUGCUAGAAACAAUCGAUUUUUCAAUCACAAAAUGCCCACUUUGCAUCACUUUUGGUUCACCCCUUAUUGGCGAUAAUGGCUUGCAAAAUGCCAUAUUGAAAUACCCAGCAUGGAACUCUUGUUUUCUGCAUGUAGUUUCUGACCAAGAUCCAGUCCCAAGAGUCCUAAUUUCACCCCACAAUCCUCCUGCCACUGAAUCGGCUUCACAAACAAAUGUUUACAAGCCUUUUGGGACUUUUCUCUUGUAUUCAGAAUCUGGAUGUGGUUGUUUUAAGGACUCUCAAACCAUUUUGGAGUUGUUGAUGGCUACCUACUCAAAGGGUCUUGGAAAUCAAAAUCCUAAUCAAGUUUUGGAGCUCUACAUAAAGAUUGUGGAAUUUCUCAAUCAUAAGGUAAUUUGUGGGGAUGCCACAGGGUUGCUUCAAUGGACUACACCUCCACUAUGUGCAGGCAUUAUUAUACAACUACCACAAGGGCAGAACAAUGGCCUCGACAAUCUGAUCACAAAGAUAGAGAAACAAGAAAUGGAAUUGGUAAUGUCCAAGGGGCUGGGUUUUAAUCCUUCCAAAACGUUGAAUGAAAUAAAAAUAAAUAUGGCCUUCUUUGAAUGGUACAAGAAGUGUUUUAAGGAAAAGGGAAUUGGAUACUAUGAUAGCUUCAAUAAUGGAAGCUCCCAAACUGAUAUCGAGGUGGUAAAGUUUAAGACAAUCCUCACUCCUUACUGGGAAGGAGAGGUCGAUGAAGCAGAGAAAAAGCCCCAGAAAGAAGGUGCACCCUUUCGUACCGGAUGGCUCGGUGCAGGAACAAAUUUUCGACGUAUGAUUGAACCGCUGGAUAUAGCUGAAUACUACAAUAAGGGUCUAAAAGACUACAUAAACCAAGGAAGGCCUAAACGUUACAAACAAUUGGAGCAAUGGCUUAAAGAAACAGAGAAACCUGCAAGCAAUCUAAGUCAGUUGAAGAAGCAAAACGUGGCUUCUAGUCUAACGGAGGAUUCUUGUUUUUGGGCACAUGUUGAGGAGGCUCGAAUUUCAUGCAAAUUGUUGAGCAGCAAAGAAUCAAGUACUGGGGAGAACAUUGUUUUGAGUUUGAUGAAAAAGUAUGAAGUAUGUUUUGAGUACUGA